UUCAUCUACAAUUUGUCAUUUCAAAAACUUUAAAAAUAACUAUUUUUGAACAAAUAAAAAUAACGAUUAUUUGACAUUAACAAUGCCUCCUAAACCUAAAGUAAAAGGAAAAGGUAAAUCGAAACCUGUGGCACCAAUUGUCGAAGAAGAAAAAAUCAUCGAAGCACCAUCUCAAGACUCCAUUCCAGAUAAAGAUGUCGAUUUAGUCAAUGAUUUGAAUGAUGAAUUUUUCAAUUCAGCAAAUAAAACCAUUCAAAAUUUAGUUCAAACAAAAAAUUUAAGAGAUGCUGGAAGAGUUAGGAAAUUUAUAUCAAUUUUACACAACAUUCAUAAGAAAUACUUAGAGGAACUCAAAAUAAAUGAGGAACUUAAGCCACAAGUUGAAAGGGCUAACGUUAAGUUGCGUUUAGCUAUUGAAUUAGUUGGCAAUUCACAAGAGGCUAUGGAUCGAAUGAAAGAAGUUUUAGGCGAUUCAUGGAGAGAAACGGAUGCAUCUCUGUCUCGUGAGCAGGAUGUUCAAGAGAAGCUUUAUCUGCUCAUGGCAAAGUUAGCGGAGUUUGAAGAAAAAGAAAACGAGAAAAAAGAUGAUAAUGCAGAGUUUGGUAACUUGGCAAAGUAUAAAAAUAUCAUACUCCGAGAACGCGAUCGAAUAAAUGCUGAACUUUUGGACCAUGAAAAACGCUUACAACUUCAAAGAUAUUAUUCGGAAUCCUUAGAGUAUAUCAACAAAGUUGCUGAGGAGAAUUUCAAUAGGCUCAAUAAUAAAACGAGGGUAAUUGAAUCUGAGAAGAAUAACUUGGAUAUCAAAGUGAAAAAUCUAACAAAUGCCUUAGAAGACCAAAAAGAAUACAAUGCAUCGACAGUCUCGAAAUUGGAACAAACAAAUAGAGAGUUAUCAGAAUCUCAUCAAAAAGUACUCAAGAAAUCAAUGGAAAUAGACAAACAAAAAUUAAUGAUUGAGAAGUUUCGAAGUGAAAAUUUGGUCUAUGCCAGACAACAAAUUAAACAUGAAGCAGAAAUGGAAGCUAACAACAAAGAAAAAAGUGACUUGGAAGAAACUAUUAGGGUUUUAAGAGCUGGUGAAAAGCAAAAAACUGAAGAAGUAAAUCAACUUACGAAAAGAUACAAAAAAACUGUUUAUGACUAUGAUGCACUUUCUCAAAAAUUGUACAAAAUGGACCGGAAACUGAAUACGCUAAAUGAAGAAUCUGUAAAACAGAAGAACCUAUCGAACGCUCUCGAAAAAGACCUCCUAAGUUCUGCUCAAAAAAUGGAAGACCUCAGACGCCUCAAGGACUAUGUGACCCGUGAGCGUGAUGGUCUUCGUAGUGACAUCGCAAAAUUGAACAAUAAUUUGAGUGAUCAAAGGCAUACAAACAUGAUGCAAAGCAAUAAGAUUGACAAUCUUAACUUGGAUAUUCAAAAGCUCAAUGUUAAGUUAGAUGAAGCAAAGAUAAAUAUUUCGAAAGCCGAAAAAGAACGUGACGGUAUGGCUCAAGAAGUCGAAUCACAACGAGAACGUAUUGAAAAUUUACAAGAUCAGAUACAACUGAAAACCGAUCAGGUCAGCGAUUUGACAGAGAAACUUGCGGCGAAGCAUGCUGCAUUUGUAAAUUUGAAGAAGAAUCUCGAAGCAGCACAUUCUGAGAAAAUGGUGUUGCAACGGUCAUUGGAGACAUGCACCCAGGAAAGGGAUAAUUUCAGAGUUUUACAAAACAAAUCAAUGCAUCAAAUGGCUCAGCUUACAGCAGAAAUCAAUGCCAAUCAAAAUAAGAUCAAUGUCUUAAGCUUGAACAUCGAAAAGCUUAACAAUGACAAGAAAGAACUGCAAACGGAGCUAAGAUCAACCAGAGUGAUCUUAGCCAGUGUUAGAAACGAUUUGAAGGAACUUAGGGCCAAGAACGAUCGUUUACUUAAGACCAUUGCUGAAGAUGAAAUACGUUUCUUGGGACUUUCUCAUGAAUUGGAUGACACCCGAAAAAACAAAAACCUCAUAGGACUCCAAAUGGUUCGGAGGAAUGAUGAAAUAGUUCUGCUAAAAGAAAAAGUCUUAAUAAUACAGACUGCAUUGGACCAGGGUCAAGUUCAGUACAACCAACGAUUGGAAGAUAUUCGUCUUCUGAAAGUAGAAAUUACAAAUUUGCACACAGAACGGGACUGUCUUUCGAAAGCAGUAAAGAGCACGGCUGAUAUGCGAAUUGAAAUAAUUCGUUUGCAAAGAUUGCUCACUGAAGAAAGGGUUCGUUGUCGGGCUCUAAUGGAAGAUGCUCGUAUGCCGGGUGCUGUUCAUCGUUGGCGUAUCCUCAAGGGAACUCAGCCUGGAAAAUAUGAACUUAUUCAGAAAGUUCAAAUGCUUCAAAGGAGAAAUUUGCGACAAGAAGUUCAAAAGGUCCGUCUAGAACAAAAACUUCAAGAAAAUGAAAAAAUCUGUGAGUCAAUGAAGAAAAUUGUGGAGAAGCUUCCAACUGCCGAUGUUAAGGAUCAGCUGAACAAAAGUCAGUGGGCUCUUCGGGAGAAAGAAAAGAAACUGAAAGCAAUGAUUGCUGAACUCAGUGUGAAUCAAAUUGAGCUACGAGCAAGAGAUUGCGCCAUAGAUGAAUUCAAGGCAACCCUCAAAUUAACUACACAAUCGAUGCUAGAGGAAAAACGUAAGUCCGCUAGGGCUGCACGUCAAGAAGUUAAAAAUUCAUCAUUUAAAGAAUUAUCAAAAUAAAAAUAUCACAACA